UUCGUUCCUCCACCCCCACCAGGAAACAACCCUGGUUGAUCUGAAGGGUUUUCGCGUGCAAGUUGCUUGCUUUUUAUUGUACUCUGAAUGCAGGGAGGGGGGCGCAUUAAAUAUCUCCCGCUCAACUCCUGGUUCACCCCCCCCUCGCCAACCAAUUUAACGUUAUAGCCAAGUGAGUUUUACAGGGAUUAGGAACAUACAUAUUUUACCAGAUUAUUUAUUUAUUAUUUUAAUUUAGUUUUGUACUUUGCUUUGUUUUUAACACUCCAAGAGGGCAGAAAUGGCGGCCAACAUGUACCGGGUCGGAGAUUAUGUCUUCUUUGAGAAUUCCUCCAGUAACCCCUAUCUUAUUCGACGAAUAGAGGAGCUUAAUAAGACGGCGAGUGGGAAUGUGGAAGCCAAGGUGGUGUGCUUCUACAGACGGAGAGAUAUCUCACACAGCCUCAUCCAGCUGGCUGACAAACAUGCCAAGGACCUGGAGGAGGAGAAGGAGAGCCCCAGCGAGCCGGAGCUCAGCGAUAAACAGAAGCACCAGCUGCGGCACAGAGAACUCUUCCUCUCGCGGCAGUACGAGUCGCUGCCGGCAACGCACAUCAGGGGAAAGUGUAGCGUGGCUCUCCUGAACGAGACGGAAUCGGUCCUUUCGUACCUGGACAAAGAGGACUCUUUCUUCUACUCGCUGGUGUACGACCCCACACAGAAGACCCUCCUGGCAGACAAGGGCGAGAUACGGGUGGGGCCGCGUUUCCAGGCCGAUGUCCCGGACAUGCUGCCGGAGGGUCAACCAGAUGACCGGGACCAGUCCAAACUGGAGGUGAGGAUGUGGGACCCUGAGUGCCCGCUUACCAACAAACAGAUCGACCAGUUUCUGGUUGUGGCACGUGCGGUGGGAACGUUCGCCCGGGCGCUGGAUUGCAGCAGCUCCGUCAGACAGCCCAGUUUGCACAUGAGCGCGGCGGCGGCCUCCAGAGAUAUCACGCUGUUCCAUGCCAUGGACACCCUACAUCGGCAUGGUUACGACUUGUCCAGCGCCAUCAGCGUGCUCGUGCCCCAGGGUGGCCCCGUCCUCUGCCGGGACGAGAUGGAGGAGUGGAGCUCGUCUGAAGCAAACUUGUUCGAGGAGGCUCUGGAGAAGUACGGCAAGGACUUCAACGACAUCCGGCAAGACUUUCUCCCAUGGAAAUCCUUGACCAGCAUCAUCGAGUACUACUACAUGUGGAAGACCACAGACAGAUACGUGCAGCAGAAACGACUGAAGGCCGCAGAGGCAGAGAGCAAGUUGAAACAAGUUUACAUCCCGACAUAUAACAAGCCCAACCCCAACCAGAUUGCCGUCAGCAACGGCAAGAUGGCGGCUGUGAACGGGGCGUCCGGGCCUGGCGGCUAUCCGACAGCGGGCGCCGGGCGGGCCUGCGAGAGCUGCUUCGCCGUUCAGUCCCCUCAGUGGUACUCCUGGGGCCCGCCCAACAUGCAGUGUCGCCUGUGCGUGUCCUGCUGGACGUACUGGAAGAAGUACGGGGGUCUGAAGAUGCCCAGCCGAGCCGAGGGGGAGGAGAAGACCCCCAGCCCCUCGCCUAACGAGCCUCGACCACGCGGUCACGGCAACCGCCAGUCCUCUCACAUGGUCCCGGUGCGGAACAGCGGCAGCCCCAAGUCCUCCAUGAAGACGAAGCAGGCCUUCCUCCUGCAGGCCACCCGCCUGACCAAGCUGGCCCGUCACAUGUGCCGUGACCUCAUCAGGCUGCGCCAGGCGGCCCGCCGACCCUUUGUGCCCAUUAACUGUGGCGCCAUAAAGGCGGAGUACAUGAGCCGAGCCCCGGAGAGACAUGAGGGCUGGAGGAUACGGGCUCGAACUUCCCAGAAAAGCACCCUGUCUAGUGUCCUGCAGUACCUCGAGUCACGCCCGGCACCUCAUACCCCACAGACCCCUCGUACCCCUGGUCUGCAAGCUCCGCCCCCCCGGAGCCUGCUGUCCUCGCUGCCCAGCCAUGGGCCUCUCGGCAUGCUGGGAAAACGCAGCUAUCAGCACCACAGCAGGGCGGAGGCAGUAGAGAGGCGAGCUGGAGCGCUUGGACAAGACAACACAGGUCACAUGGGAGCCCCAAUUCUGCACAACGGCCAGAGCAGUGGCAGCAGCAGCCUUCGUAACAGCAGCACCAUGCUUCGCAAGAGCCGCCCCAAUUGUGUUGACGCCCCCGACGACAGCUUUUUCCUUGUUUCCCGGGAAACCAGGAAAGUCCGGAGGCUGCUCUCCCGUUCCCAGCUUAGGAGAGCCUGCAGGCAGCCCUGUGAGCAGAUUGGCCUGAGGAGAUCUCUUCAGGUGCCCUCCCACGGAUCGCUCCCAGCCGCCCUCCACCCCGGCCUGAGGGCCCGGGGCCCCAUUGUCAUUCAUGACUGAACUUGGCCCCCUGCUUUGUCAUCCAACAAAAAACUUCCCUUGUACUGCAAGCCUCUAUGGAAACACUGUUGUGCUCACACAGGUCCUUGCCUAAUCCCCCUGUACUGCGGAAAGUACUGGCUCUGCAUCACUCCGAAUCCAGUUGUCCAUUGUCGCAUGUUGAUGACAUCACUGAUAAGGAGGGAAAAAACACAGUUCCUUGUUUUGGUGCCACUUGAGGUGAAGAUGGACUCAUCUAUUCUGAAAUGUUAAUAAGGUGUACAGUAUGGAAAAAAGAAAUCUUUUAAAUGUUUAUGUGUGUAUGUCUUUGUCUGAGUGAGUGAACUGGGUGUGCAAAUGAGUAAUGCAAAAUUAUUUUCUUUUUGACAAUGCGUCCUCUUUAAGUGCUAAAUGAUGGUGAAUAUGUGUGAUGCUUUUUAACGUGUAUUUAAAAAAAAAAAAAAAACCUGAGUCAGUUGGUUUUAUAUUUCUGGCAUGUAUAGAUGGGUCCACAAAGGUAUGCACGCAGAUAUAGAAUUACUAGAUUAACCCCAGGUUUUGAAAGUAAUGACUGAAUGUAUGCUAGAGCUGAAUGGCUGUUUUUGAGACCGAAAGGAUUUUUAUUUCAGCAGUACAGUAAUCAAUUCUGUAUAUUGAAUUAUAUAUGUGGCAGAAUUCAAUGCAAUUAUUCCAGAUUCUAGACUUCAGAUUUAGGUUCCAAUCUCUCUCUGUUCAUAGAUUAGCUUUUGAUUCUGAAACAAUAGAACCGUGUUCAACAAGGCAAUAGUCACAAACAUUUCACCAAUAUCUUGAAAUUUAUUUUCGCCACUAAUGUUAGCCAGUGUUAGCUAACGGUGAGGUAGUGUGUUGCAAAUAAUGAGUUAUAGGUGUGAAGUAGCUGUAUUUGUACAUUUAGCAGGGGAAAGCUUUGAGACAUUUUCAAUCAUCAUGUUUCAUGUCAAGCUUAAAAAAUGUGUUAGAGGAAACUAAAUUGAAUGUUUGUUCAAAAUGUUUUGACAGACCACCAGUAGCAACAAACAUUGUUUGCUGCAAAAGUUUGCCUUGUUGAACACAGCUCAAGUGUUCAUUGCUAUUUUAUGUAUCCUUUCAGUAUAUAAUUCCGGAUAGAGCAAUGUCAUGCUGAUAUAAUCUUGCAGCCAAUCUAGUAAUUCUGCAUCUUUCCCCUUUAGUCCCUCUCCCAGGCCAGUCUCCCUGAGUGAGACCUCUAGUGGUCAGGUCUGGAUGAUGCAGACGCAGGAAUCUGCUGACUGCCUGUAUUUCCUCAGGGAUGUCUCUGUGACAUGGAUACGGCCCUGUUUUUGAUUGAAUUCCAUUUGAGGGUGGCCAUAUGGGGCUGUAUAUAAAAUAUUAAGGUUGCUUGUAAUCUUCCAGAACAUUUUUUGGAAAAUGUACAUUCACUAUUUCCCUCUGCUUCAGUGAAAUGAGGAAUCAGCCUCUCCGCCUGAUUCAAACCAUUCCAACAGCACUUGUUUUUGUAUAUUCAUGUUGUAUUUUUCUGAUAGUCAAAAAUGUGCCAUGAAAUAUACUAAAUAAAACAUGCAGUUGUAGGUU